AUGUUGUUGUGUGGAAUCAUCGAUGAGCUGAAGAAGCCCGCUUUGAACACCUUUUUCGUCUCCUUCUUUUUCUGCCAGGCAGCCGACGUAAGGAUAAACAACGCCACUGCAGUCCUUCGCGGCCUGAUCUUUAUGCUGGUUGACCAGAAGCGAUCUCUCAUUUCCCAUGUGCGGCGUCACUACGACAAGGCCGGGAAGCAGGUCUUUGAGGAUGUGAAUGCGUGGGAAGCUUUGUCAGAAAUGCUCACUAGUAUCCUCGAGGACCCGGCGUUAAAGACCACCUAUUUGAUCAUCGAUGCUCUUGACGAAUGUACAACGCAUCGGAAAGAGCUCCUUGAUUUUGUCGCCCAGAAAUCGUCUGCAUAUCAACAUGUCAAAUGGAUCGUCUCGAGCCGCAACUGGCCGAACAUCGAAGGUACUCUUGACACCGCGGCCCAAGGAACAAAGCUCUCGCUGGAAUUGAAUGAGACGUCUAUGGAUGAGGCUGUCGCAACCUUUGUCAACCACAAGGUCCAGGAAUUGACAGAAAAGAAGAAAUAUAACCAUAAAAUCCGUGAUGCUGUUUCCCAACACUUGUUGUCAAAAGCAAAUGGUACCUUCCUCUGGGUAGCCUUGGUUUGCAAGGAACUCACCAAUGUCUCGAGAAGACACGUUCUGAAGAAGUUAGAAGAAUUCCCUUCUGGUCUUGAUAAGCUCUAUGAGCGAAUUUUUGAACAAAUCAUUGAACAAAUCAGGGAGUCAUAUGAUGCUGACAUUUGCAAGUCUCUCCUCGGCAUUAUCACAAGCGUUUACCGUCCUAUCACGUUGGACAAAUUAGCGUCUUAUAUCGACUUAUCUGAUGAGAUCGCGGAUGAUUCGGUUCUGAUAGAGAUUAUACAGCUUUGCGGCUCUUUCCUGAUGCUCCCAGGACGCACGGUCUCUCUAGUUCAUCAGUCAGCCAAAGACUUUCUGCUUCGAAGAACAGCCAAUGUUAUUUUCCCCGAAGGAGAAGACAUGGUGCACUAUUCCAUAUUUUCCAGGUCUUUGCAGGCUCUUGGCAAGACGCUAAGGCGCGACAUUUACAACCUAAUCUCGCCUGGAUAUCCGGUCGACCAGGUUAGCCAGCCAGAUUCAGACCCGCUAGCCGUAAUAGGUUAUGCGUGUGCCUACUGGGUUGAUCAUCUAGACAGGUGCUCUCCUUUCAACAACGCGAUGGACGACCUCCAAGAAAGUGGAUCUGUUGGCACUUUCUUCCAUAUUAACUACCUGCAUUGGCUCGAGGCCCUUAGUCUGUUAAGAGGCUUGUCAGCGGGAGUAGCUUCGAUGAUAAGGCUCCAGAAUUUGCUAGAGGUCAGUCUCCACCAGUGCAACUAA